CGGCCCCGGCGGCGCCUGCGCAACCGGGGCGGCCGCCGCUGCCGCGGGGGGCGCUGCGGGGCCGCUGGCGGGUGGCGGCACCGGCACCGGGAGCGGCAGCGAGGGGCGGGCGGCAGCCCCGGGCCCGGCGUUGUCCCUGGUCCUCGGGGGUUCGUGGCUGUUCGCCUGCCAGCUCUGCGUGCCCGGGAAGGGGGGGGGAGCCGCCUGGAAACGCAGAAAUAAGAUCCCCCGCCCCAUUUAUCUAUAGAGUGGGUUAAAAAUGGAGACAAUAUUAAGACCGAGGUGGCAAGUAUUGUGGCAAAAAACCCCAGUGAGUUACUAGUUUGGAGCUUAUUUUGAGGGGUAAUGACUGAAGUUACGAACUUUACUCUUGCCAGUGUGUUUGGGUCUUGGCUACAGUCUAGAGGGGACGGGUGUUUGCUGCAGAAAGCCUGGAAAAAUGCAACAGGGCGACAUGUUGUACUGCAAAGUGCGACGUCUUGCAUAUACAUGGGGACUAAUGGGAAGAACUUGCGCCGUAACCUGCUGUGCCUUUGGUCGGGAAUAACCGGACAAGUGACGGGGUGUUGUAGUCGGGUCAAUCGUGAGAGCUCGUUGCGGUGAGGCAAGUAGAGACACAGGCCCUUUUAAAUAGGUGCUUCCAGCUGACACGAGGAAAUACCAGUUCCACUGCGUGGAGCCAGGGCAAGACCUGGAGGGUCACCUGGAAGGUCUGGUCACUCUCGCUGAAGAAAAGAUGAAUUAGAAACAGCAGGGGCGUGAGGGAGAGCUGGAGAGACGAUCAGGAGAACAGCGAGGGCGUUCAACAGGCUGAAAAUCAGAGGUUUGUAACCUCUGAGGUGCUGGGAGAGCCUUCAAAGUGAGAGCACUGAGGAAAGUCAUAACAAGGUUAGGGCAGAACCAUGGUUUAUAGUUUAUGACAGCAUUUUUCUGACAUGGUCGCCCGGCACAGUCAGGUUUCCUUGCAGUACUGCGUUUGGCCGGCGCAACGUGCCGUGCGCGUGGCUUGGCUGCAGUUCACUAUAAUCGUCCCUUUGUCAGAGAUAAACCCGAGAUAAACCCAGACCCUGCAAGAAUCCCAUUUUGUGGGGAUUUAGGAAAUCCUGCCUUUAGGAAAGCAGUACAGUUGUGUAGAAAAUUAUAUACAACCGAAGUAUUUUUAUGAAAGGGGAGGAAAUGUUAGGAGGAAAUACUCCAGGGCAGAUCUCGGAGCUGCAGGGCUGGGAUUUAGCAAUUCCCCCAGUUACUUAGGUGAUACUCACUUGUGUAGAAGGUGUGGUUGAGUCUGUUUGUCUGCAGUUAGCUGGAAGCUUUCUACCUCAACACAGAAACAACUUUUCCAUUUUCAUAAAUGGAAAGAAGAACGGUAAAUGCAAAUAAAGGAUAUUAAUGGAGUACCUUAUCACGUAACAGAUGAUCAUGAAACUUACUCUUAAAGAAUGUUUCAGUCAAAAAGAAGAUUAGAAAGCCCACCUGGCACUUGCUGUGAUCAAGUACAGGGACCAACAUGUCGUUCAGUCAGAUGAGACCUCAGACAUCACAGUUGGUGGAGCUCCAUGUUUUUUAUGUCCCAGAAGAAGUGUGGAACUUCAAGCUGAAUACAGUUCCUGUAGCUCUUGCUAGCAAAUUCAUCUCAGCUGGAUUUAUAAGGGUGUCUCCUUUCAUCACAUUACGAGUGCUACGGGAGAAGCUUGGAGACUACCUGGGUGGAGUUGCAGUUGCAGAUAAAUUCAAAUUUUUAAAAUGCAUUGGGAAAAAACUAGCAGUGGUGAAUGCAAAGCAAGAAACGGAACUGGAACUGAGGUCAUUUGCCCCCCCUUAUGCACUUUACCCUGAAUUAUAUUUAUUACCUGGAGUGGAAUGCUUUGAAGAUGUUUAUCCAUUGUCAUCAUCAACUCAACAGAGACAUCACUUUAAUGCAGGAGCUAAUGGAUCAAGAUUACCCAGUCUUCCCCAACAAAAACCUGAAAAAAGCAAACGAUUUUUAGAAAGCAUACAAAGCAGUUAUCGGCUAGAAAAUCAGGAAGUGCACAGUCCUGUGAAAUGGGAUGGGACAGAACCUGUUCCAGUUUUGCACACAAAACACGAGCAAGACCAUAACAACAGGAUUCAAGAAAAACAGAUACAGUUUAGAGAAAAAGAUCAAAAUGGAUCCAGUGGAUCUCUCUUCUCCAGUCCUGCAGAGUGGGAGUCUGGAGAGAGUGAUAUGCUAUUACAGACAUCUCAGCAAAAUCAUCUCAGCCAGAAUCAAAAAGAGCAUAAAUCUCCUAAGUGGAAUGACAAAGCCAAAGGAACUGCUCUUACUCUUCAUGUAAACGGCGGUGAUGAACAAGGCCAGAAUAACCAAACACCUCAAAAUCACAUUGAAUAUCAAAAGGAACUAAGCACCGAACUGCUUGUUACAAACAUGGAAAAUAAUAAGCACCAAAAAGAUACCAAACUAAGAAGACCCAGAACACAGGAUUCUGGAAUUCCUCAAACAAUGAAAGACCAAAGCACAGAAUAUGUACACAAAACCCAAAGCUUGCAGCAACAUGGAACUAGCAGCUCUACAGCUGACCCUGGUGAAAAACUGGAUAGUCAGGUAUAUCAGAACAAGAAAAAUCAUCUUACUCGUCCAAAAGAAGAUAUUUCACCUCCUAGUCUGCCUUUUCUAGCGCUUUCUGUAAAUCCAGCUCAAGUUCCUGCAAUUCAGGCAGAAAAAAACAAGAUGGUAGAACAAUUGCAACAAAUGAAGAAAGACAGAAGGCAUAUGGAAAAAACUAGAGAAGAACUGAUGAGUAAAGCGAAAGGGCUACUGGAACAAAAUAAGCUGAGGAGAUACCACGUUCGUGAGGAAUGGAAAAAGAAGUACUUUGAAACUAAGAAAGCUACGGUUUCACUGGAGGGUGCUUUAAACAAACUGCGACGAGAUUUAGAACUUUACCACCAGAAAUUACUCUUGCAAUUGGAAGCCAGAGAUAGCCGAAAACAACCAAACAAUAUGAUGAACUCCAAGAAUUACACAAUCAUCCGGAUUACUACAGUGCAGCAUGAACUUGAUCAGCUGAGGAGGAAGCUGGAUGAUACAAAAAUGAAACUCGUAAUAGAAAUUAAGAUGAGAAAGCAGGCAGCAUCUGAUUUGCGAGCCCUGAGAGCGGAACUGACACAGAAGAAGAUUCAUUCAGCUUUAAUUCUCCAGUCCAGAAAAUCAGAAAUUUAAGAGGCUGACAUGACUUUAACAUCUGUAAAGUCUUCAGAAGCUUUGUAAUGUAUACAGAAACUCAGAAUUUUAAACCAUUUCUUUGUAUGUUCUUGACGUUAUCUUGUAAAAAGAAAUCGACUAUAUAAACGUGGAAUUUGUAUACUAGGCUGCUCUGAGGUACUGCAGCUCACUUCUCACUAAAUCUCACUCUUACUGUAAGAUUAGUCAGCUACUUAAACAUACAGUUUAACCUAGUAACGUAUCUAAAAUGGAGCUAUUUUAGAAGUGCAAAUUAACUGAAUUGUGAUGUCACACUGGUAUGCUGCUCUUCUUUCAUUAGCAAAAUACCUACUAAGCAAAUAAACCUAUGAUCUAUAACCUCCUGUUCUUAUUUUCAGGCACAAGCAUUUGAUUUUUGGAAAAUGAUUAAAAUACAUCUUCUGUAGAACUACAGCAACAGUAAUCCUUUACUUAGCUAUUUAUCUAAGUGUAUUUUUGUCACUGUAAGUAUGCCUACCUAUACAUUACCAACGUAUUAUUACCAUAUUAUUACGAAGUAUGACCAAAAUCUCAGAUAAUCUCACCUUAUUUCAUAUCUAGGUGGUUUUAUUCCCUCUUUUAUUAGGAAAGCCACAUGGACAUUAACCUCGUUCUGUAAGUUAGUGGAAGAUGCAAGCUUUGUCUUGGACAAGCUGUAAUGAUGAUCCUGGUCCUACUUGCAGUAUUGCAUACUCUGUUUUUAAGCUGCAUCUCAUGCAUGUGCUUCGGUAACAAUUCUGUGACAGUAAUCACAAACCUCUUCCUGACAGUCAUUUUCUUCUAGCUCUCCUGUUUGCUUCUUUACAGUUCCAGAUGUUAUUACGUUAAGCAAAACAGUAACAUGCUAGGAAUGAGUUAAAAAGCUGACAAGGCUGUAUUUGUUACUGGAAGUGCAACACUCAUGGGAAAUCAGGAAUACAAUAAGAAAAUUAUGCAACUCUCAGAAGGACUAACUUCCCAAUGUCUUGAGUCAAACCAAGAAAAUCCUAUCUUUCCUAAACAUAGGCUUUAACAAAGAUUUUUAGUGCCAAAGUAUUACAUUAAUUAUUAAAGCUCCAAAUAGUUUUGCUCAAUUCAGGACUGAAUUCUACAUCCUGUAUUUCAGAAUUGUGUAUUUAAGGCACAAGCACAGGCAACUACGUACUGGAAAAUCUGAACCCAAAUUAAAAAAUAAAAAAUAUCAACUUCUGAUUCUUGACGGCUGCAGGAAGGAGAGUUUUUAUAAUAAAGUCCUCUGGCCUUCAGUUAGGAUUUUGUAGCUUGGAUGAUCUGCUCCAGAAGACCUCUCAAUUUCACAAAUAUCUAUCUCUCAGUAUUUUAGCAUAUGAAUAUAAAUAGUAAUAUAAAUUCUGGAGUAUCUAUAUGUCAAAUAAAUUUACCAAUUUCUGCUAAAACCUAUAGACCAGAGUUUUAGUGUAGAGCCCUCUGAUUUUCCAAGGGAAUUUUUUUUUUUAAUGUGAGAGCAGUAGGCUUCACCUUCUACUUUCCACCAUCUCAAGCAGCCAGAAGUCAUGAAGUCUUCUCAGUAGCCAUUAUGGUAGUGCUGCUAUUCUAUGGUGUCUUCCCAGUAACUAUUUAGCAAGGCAAAACCAAACCAAAACAAAAAAAAACACCCCACAACUGACUACAUAUAUCUAAUUAAAUAAAUUGUUUAAUUAAUGGAGUCACUUAAGCAGGGCACAGUUGCACUUUAAUCUGGUUGUGAAACAAUUCUGAGAGGCAGCGAAGCAGUGUGGGCUGUAAGCUGUGGAACAAGUAAAGCAUAGACAGACACUGUUUACCAACCUUAGUGAAGGCAGCAUUUUAUUUAGCAAAAAAAAAUUCCUGUAAACACCAGUCCAAUCUUUCCAUGACUACAGCUAUUCUAAAAAGUUACACAGUUUCUGUAGGCAAAUUAUUUUAUGAAACAUAUGAACUAGACAGAAAAUGUAACUUCAGAUUAUCUCAGAGGCAACACCACAUAAAAACAAACAACAGGCUACUGAAUGAAUCUUAAACUGCAUGGAAAAAUACAUAUGCAGUUCAUUAAAUAAGUUUCUGAGUUCUAGUUUUCAGGAAGUAAAGAAGUUUGAAAACAUCACCCAAGUCCUCUCCAUGUAAAUGUUCCCUCUCCAAGAUAGAUAAGAUGCAAGAUUUUUUGGCUUUUGAAACUAAGGAAUUUACAUGAUACAUAAACACAGUGAAGCUGGAGUUUAUUGAAUGUUCCUUUCUAACAAGAAGUC